CAGUAUUCCUCUUUUUCUCGGUGAAUGCUAGUGGGCAGUUUUGUGGUGUUGCGGAAAUGACUGGCCCUGUAAACUUCUGUAAGGACAUGGAUUUUUGGCAGCAAGAUAAGUGGUCUGGUAGCUUCCCUGUGAAGUGGCACAUCAUAAAGGAUGUCCCAAAUCAUAACUUUAGGCAUAUUAUAUUAGAGAACAAUGAGAACAAGCCAGUGACUAACAGCAGAGACACACAAGAGAUACACUACAAGAAAGGCAUUGAGAUGCUGAAAGUAUUCAAGAAUUAUGCAUCAAGGACAUCUUUACUAGAUGACUUCAUGUAUUAUGAAACUAGACAGAAGAUCCUGCAGGAAGAGAAAGCCAAGUUGCUAAUGAGCUAUAAAAAUCCAUUUCUUGUGCCUGUAUUAGAUCCUCCACGCAAGCUAAAUUCUAUUUUUGAUUUCCCUUCCGGUGAAGGUGAGACAAUAUCUAAGCACAAUGAUUCCGUGCAAUCUGAAAUUUGUGCGGUUCCUGCAGACCUGGAUUUGAAAGAUUCCAAAACCAACAGGGGGAAUGCAAGUGAUGGUGACAAAUUCGUGGUAGAUGGAGAUCCCAAUACUAAGAGUGCGUUGAGGAUUGCUUCCUUAGCAAUCAAUCCAAAGGACUUGAAAUCUCAUCCCCCAGAAGCUAAAUGCACUACUGCUAUCACUCUGGCAAGUGCGGAGUCCGUUGAUGUUGUCACUGUGGGGUCUAUGCCAGUAAAAGUUAAUGGAUUUGCUGAAUCUUCUGGUUUUAUAUCAAUUGGAACAAUUCCACUGGACCCUAGAGCUCUCCAGCGUGACAAGGCAAGUGGAUCUGGAAAAAUUGUUCUCAAGUGAUGCAAGCAUAAUGUCCAGAAGCAUUGAACAGAGUUACUUUCCAGCUGUGUAUUAUAAUUGGUGCGCUCAUAGUUGAUCUGCAGUCACUUUUCUGAGGAAUUAUGUGUUCAUUUACCUUUCAUCAAGGGUGCGGUGGAGGUUCUAAUUUUAGGUUGUGUUGGGGUCGGAUGGUUGGCAGAGAUUUUGCUUUAAAUACAAUGUAAGUUGUCCCUUUUGUCAUUUUGUUUCAACAAAUUCAGGAUAUGAAAUCCUGUCCUCAUCAUUACGAGGAAACAAAGCAAAAUAGAUAAAUACUCAGCACAAUUUUUCUUUAUUUGCGGUAAACUUUGAUUGGAAAACUGUAAUACGUCCCCUCUAUAUCUCUCCAAAAAAAGAAAAAGUAAAAACAUAACUUUUCCAUUUGCAGCCCAUUAAUGGACAAAUGUAAUUCUUCUUUA